CAAAAUGCAUCAUUCGCCUUUUCAAAGUUUAGCAGUUAACAACGAGCAGCAAAACGGUCUGGCUAGAAAUCAAUAAAACGGGGAUCAACGCGGCAUCUUCGCUUAAAUCACUUGGCUAAGUUUAUGGAUUUAUAAAAAAAUCUAACAAAACAAAUAGAAAAAAAAAAAACUAUAAAAUUGCAAAAUAAAUAAAAAAAACUUAUUUAAUUAUAAGAAAAAAUGAAAUUAUUCAUUUGCCUGAUAGCGGUUUUGGCCGCUGUCAGUGUUUAUGGUGACGUUUCACAUUUGGAUACAGAUCUCCGUGAAGAUGGCUAUCAUUACAAACAGCCAUCAGUGCCAUUUCCUCAACCUCCUUCCGGUAAUGGCAUAGAAGAUAACGACUACAAACCCCAACGGCCAGGUACCGGUUUCGGACCAUCUGGACCUAGCUAUAAACCAUCGGGUCCAGCACCAGGAUUUGGACCAACAGGUCAACAGCCAUCGGGACCUGCACCAGGAACUGGUGGUCCAAGUUACAGACCAUCGGGUCCUGCUCCAGGGUUUGGUCCUUCUGCUCCUGCUCCCAGCUAUAAGCCAUCGGGUCCAGCACCUGGUUAUGAGCCAACCGAUACUCAACCUUCAGCACCGGCGCCAAGCUAUAAACCUUCUGGACCAGCUCCAGGAUUUGGACCAACUGGACAACAACCUGGUUCAGGACCAAGUUAUAAACCAGCUGGACCUGCUCCAGGAUUUGGUCCAUCAGCUCCUAGUUAUAAACCAUCUGGCCCAGCUCCCGGAUUCGGACCUACAGGACAACAGCCCUCGGCUCCCAGUUAUAAACCAUCUGGUCCUGCUCCUGGUUUUGGUCCAGGCUCUGCACCUAGCUAUAAACCUUCGGCGCCUGGUUUUGGACCAUCUGCAUCUGGACCAGGUACUGGACCUCAAGGUCCAACUGGCCCACAAGGACCAACUAGUCCUCAAGGUCCCACAGGACCACAAGGCCCCACAGGACCACAAGGACCUACUGGUGCUGGUCCUAGUUAUUUGCCACCUCCCAAAACUCCAUCCGCUCCUGCACCCAGUUAUGGACCACCAAAACCACAACCUGGCAAACCUGGAACGCAGCGCCCUGCCCAAGAUUGUUCAGCUCCACUGCGCCCUGGUCAGCGUCCUCCACCAGGCUGCCCGCAACCAGAACCUGAUUGCAAUGCUCCUUUAAGACCUGGCCAACGCCCUCCACCUGGCUGCCCAGAACCAGAACCCGACUGCUCAGCACCUUUGAGACCAGGUCAACGUCCUCCUCCCAGUUGUCCAGCACCAGAACCUGAUUGUUCUGCUCCUUUGAGACCGGGACAACGUCCUCCACCCGGCUGCCCAGAACCUGAGCCUGACUGUUCCGCACCACUGAGGCCAGGCCAACGUCCUCCACCUGGUUGCCCAGAACCAGAGCCAGAUUGUAAUGCUCCUUUGAGACCCGGUCAACGUCCUCCACCUGGCUGUCCUCAACCAGAGCCUGACUGCUCCGCACCAUUGAGACCAGGUCAACGUCCUACACCUGGCUGUCCUGAACCAGAGCCUGACUGCUCAGCACCAUUGAAACCGGGACAACGUCCUCCACCAGGAUGUCCAGCUCCUGGACCUGGACCUCAAACACCCGGUAGACCUGGACCUGGGCCUCAACAACCCGGAAGGCCUGGCCCUGGACCUCAACAGCCUGGAAGACCCGGCCCUGGACCUCAACAGCCUGGCAGACCUGGCCCUGGACCUCAACAACCUGGAAGACCCGGCCCUGGAUCUCAACAGCCUGGCAGACCUGGCCCUGGACCUCAACAACCUGGAAGACCUGGACCAGGUUUGGAAUAUUUACCUCCUGAUCAGAAACCCCAGGCACCAUCUUCACGGCCACAACAACCUUAUCCAACACCAGCAACGCCUGUUGGACCCAAACCUCAAACGCCAGGUCCAUCGUAUGUUCCUCCAGGACCAACAUAUCAACCAAGGCCUCCACCAACACAGCGUCCCCAAAUUGAUUGCUCGACUCCAUUAAGACCCGGACAACGCCCUCCACCAGGAUGUCCGGCUCCAGAAUCUGACUGUUCUGCACCAUUGAGACCCGGACAACGUCCACCACCUGGCUGUCCUGAACCAGAACCAGAUUGCAGUGCACCCUUGCGACCUGGUCAACGUCCUCCACCUGGCUGCCCAGAACCUGAACCCGAUUGCAGCGCUCCAUUGAGACCAGGCCAACGUCCUCCACCGGGCUGCCCCGAACCUGAGCCGGACUGUAAUGCUCCAUUGAGACCAGGACAACGUCCUCCUCCUGGCUGUCCAGCUCCCGCGCCUGGUCCUCAAAAACCUGGCCGCCCUGCCCCAGGUCCUGGCCCUCAACAACCUGGCCGCCCUGCACCAGGUCCUGGUCCUCAGCAACCUGGUCGUCCUGCCCCUGGUCCUGGACCUCAACAACCUGGCCGUCCUGCCCCAGGUCCUGGUCCUCAACAACCUGGUCGUCCAGCCCCAGGUCCUGGCCCUCAACAACCUGGUCGCCCUGCUCCUGGCCCCGGACCACAGCAACCUGGAAGACCUGGACAGAAACCACAGUUCCCUUCAGAUAAACCCGGUGUUGAAUAUUUGCCCCCUGAGGGAAACGAAGUGUCACCAACAAAUGGUUAUAAGCCACGUCCAGGAAGUAAACCACAACAGCCAGAUUGUUCGGCCCCAUUGAGACCGGGACAACGUCCACCACCCGGCUGUCCAGCACCAGAACCUGACUGUUCAGCCCCAUUGAGACCGGGACAACGUCCACCACCCGGCUGUCCAGCACCAGAACCUGACUGUUCAGCUCCUCUGAGACCAGGUCAACGUCCUCCACCCGGCUGUCCAGCACCAGAACCUGACUGUUCAGCUCCUUUGAGACCAGGUCAACGCCCUCCACCUGGAUGCCCUGAGCCAGAACCCGACUGCUCAGCUCCUUUGAGACCCGGUCAACGUCCUCCUCCUGGAUGCCCCGAGCCAGAGCCUGACUGCUCAGCUCCUUUGAGACCAGGUCAACGUCCUCCUCCUGGCUGCCCAGCACCCGAACCUCAAGGACCAUCGGGACCACAAUAUCCAGAACCAUCAUCUAGCCAACCCAAACCAAGCUAUCCUUCCACCAAACCACAACAGCCAUCAUAUCCUGGAAGCCAAACAACGAAACCUCAACAGCCAUCAUACCCUGGUCCACAGAAACCAUCAUACCCCGGUUCACAAACCACCCAACCCCAGCGGCCAUCAUACCCCGGUUCACAAACCACCCAACCCCAGCGGCCAUCAUAUCCUGGAUCACAGACAACACAACCACAGAAGCCUUCAUAUCCCGGCUCUCAAACUACCCGACCUCAACAACCAUCCUAUCCUGGAUCACAGACUACGCGACCCCAACAGCCCUCGUACCCUGGCCCACAAAAGCCCUCAUAUCCAGGAACAGCACCUGGUACCGGUGAGGAUUCCGGUUCACUGGGACCCGAUGGUUACAACUACAAUAAACCCAGCAAACCAUUCAAGUACUAAGGUCGACCAGUUCUAACCCUAGCUAUGUAGAGACAUACUCAACCGUACCAAUUAAGCGCCAAGUAUUACCACAAACGCACAAGGACAGUCCGACAAACUUUGAAAAUUGACGAAUGAAUGAAUCAAUGCUAACCAAACUCUAGUACCUUGAACUUCCAUUACGAAAAACCACAUCAAAAACAAAUCAAGCCGAAUGAAAAACACAACUUUUAUUUAUGUACAGCCACUGUUUUUUUAUAUAUCUAGACAUGUAUUUUUGAUAAAAGAAAAAUAAAUAUAAAUAAAAAAUAAUUUUCCUAAAAUA